CAAUUCUCGCCUCGGUUCCGGAUCUUGCUUGGGCGGACACGGUGGUCUGAGUGCACGAUCGUUUGGCACCGCGAUGUUCCUGGCCUCCUCUCGCUUUCAAUUCUCCCCGUUCUCUCUUUCGAUUCUGUGAAAUAUGGUGGACGUCUUCGGUCCUUUGUCUGCUCGUCCGCCUACUCCACCAAGGACAUCGUCCCGUGCCCUGCCUGAAAAAGAUCGAACGGAGGAUUCCCCGGUUGUCGCGCAGACGCCUGGUCUCUCUCCGUUUGCGACUAAUGCAUCCAACGGGGUUCCGUCCAGUCGCCAGUCCAAACGAGUGAAUUUCUCGCCAUGGACGAAAUACAUCAAACCUCCCUCCUUUGCCAACGCUGCCAACACCAUUUCAAAGCCCAAAUCCGACCUCAAAACCCUGCCUCCCUCGAAUGAAUGCAAGCCCUCCAAAUCGAUCCUCAAGCCGACAAACUCCCCGGCCCCUGUUAAAUCGCCGAAAGUCACGUCCCAUACCCCCGAGUCUUUCGUCAUGCUAUUGAAGUCCAUGGCAUCGCAGCUGGCUGGCUCGUCGCCAAGUUCCAGGCUCGAUGCCUACAUGCAGUUGUUUGGUGCGUUGAGGACUUACGAGGGACUUCCGGGAGAACAAGAGGUUGCAGAGUGUUUAGGGUUGAUCACGCAGUUCAUCCAACGAGAUAUCAGUAGGGUUUCGGAGAACGUGGGACCUUUGGACACAAAUCUAAGGAUCCAGGCUCUGAAGCUCUCUGCGGCGUUGAUGUGGCAGACCAAUAUUUGCGCGCAACUGUCGGAUGACUUCAAGAUCUUUCUUACCGAUCACUCCAUCAAUAUUCUCCACGAUAGCAAAGUGCCAAAGUCGGUUCUGACGCAUCACAUGACGAUCCUAUCGACGCAGAAUUUCAGCCCGAAAAUCAUGAACAAUGCUCGUCUCUCACGCCUACUUACAGUAUUACACGACCUUACGAAUCGAGUGACCGGUAACUCCAUCGUCUCGCACCGCCUGAGCAUCUACGGGCGAGUUCUCAACCAAGCGAAAUCUUUGUUCGUUUCACAAUCGUUGUUAUGGAUGGAUCAUCUGAUAUCUGGCCUACUUCAUCCUAUAAAGGAUAUCAGAAUAAAAGCCAUCUCACUGGGCUUCCAGGUGUCGAUGAUCUUCGGACCAAACCCCACGCUUUCAAAAUCCAUUCAAGAUAUCUUUGAUCGCUCCCUAGACAAGGGAAGAAAAUUGGUCACUGAAAUCUGCGAGCGAAUGGCGCGGAUGAUGAGCAAUUCCGACAGUGGUGUCCAUGUUCCUCAGGUGUGGAGUGUUGUCAUCUUGCUCCUAAGAAAUAAACGUCUGAACGUCGACGAUUGGAAUCACUUUAAAGAAUGGGUCCUCGUGCUCCAAAAAUGCUUCAAUUGCAGCGAUUCAUCUAUCAAGGCACAGGCCAUCGUCGCAUGGAAUCGUUUCGUCCUCGUUGUCAGUCCGGGUGAGAUGACAAACCGCCCGUUGUUGAGAAUGCUGAGCAAGCCCAUAUUGUCACAAUUUGAGCGAAAGAAGCAGGACAAGAGCGGAUCGCCGCCCAGUCAGCUGGUGAUGUGCAGCUAUUACAAUCUUCUGUAUUACGCCUUUCGACCGUCUGCAUCGUUUCAACAUCUUGAUAUCGUCUGGGAAGAGUAUAUUGCUUCCCCUUCAUCGAAAACGUUUUCGUCCAGCUCUGCGUUAAGCGAUCGGCUUGCACACAUACUUUCAAACAUGUUGUGGAGCCCCCAGACUAAAAUAUGGUCCGAGAAUAAAGUGAACGACACCAACAAGCUUGAACCAGAAGAGCUGCCGACCUUAGAUUGCAGGUGGAUAAGGUCAAGAAUUACAUCGGUGUUGAAGGUUUUUGAAAACAUAUUCAGAACAUCAUUAUGGGCUGAAAAUAUCGAGCAAUCGAACAUCGCUAUUGCCUGGAUUCGUCUUUCGAAGGCCUUGUCGAAUGCAUCCAGCAAAGAGAUCACACCUUCUUCGGAAUCUAUGCAAACUGUAGCUCAUGUCCUUGGUCUUCUUCAACGCCUCUGGAAAGCCGGCCCCUCUUCGAUAAACGCUGUUGAAAAGGAAUCCAUGGACACGUUCUUUGAACGAUUCCAGUUCCUAUCUAGAUCGAUGAUUUUCUCGCUAGGGAACACUCCAUUCACAGAGAAGCUACUCCUGAAGAACGCAGACGCUACGUUUCAAGCAGCCAACACCCCUACACACCGUCACUCGCACUCGAACUCGAAUCUAGACAGCCCCGUCCUGCAUUUUCUUCGGUUGGUAAGCGAUGUGUCUGGUAUUUCAGAACCAAGCCCUGCCUACUUGCGCCUGAUCAAUUCAACACUCGAAGCCGCCUGUAAUGGAAGAACUUCCAGAAGCUCUCGCCUAGAGCUCCUUCGACAAUGCGCCGAAUUACACUCAAAUGAAACAACCAUACAGCUUGGUGUCCAUUCUUUUGCCCAAAUUGUCUGGAGAUCGGUAGCACAUCUUGCUGCCGAUUCUGUAUGCUCCUACCCUAUCGAGACAGCCCGUGAACGUGACGGGUCGGUUUCGCGCGAUUACGAGAAUACCGUCAAGAUACUCUCUACGGGUCUCCGGUUUGCUGACGUCUUUCAAGUGUGGGACGAGCUUCUUGGUGCGUUCGUUCGCGUUAUACGGACUGAAAAAGGCGACCGUGAGAUUGCCAGCAUGGUAGUGGAGCCUCUUGCUGAGUGUUUGAUGGCUGUUCCCGCUCGCGAUAGGUACCUGGCUUCAGCGUCCCUCUUUAAACAUUCUUUGUCUAUGACAUACGGUGUAGACGGCAAAGAGCCAGAAUACGCCUCUCAUCUUUCUGCGCGUGAAAACUUGCCUGUUCCCAAGAAGCUGCUUGAACUUGUGGACAAAACACUGCAGAUUUCCUACCAAGAAUUCGAUGCCACAGACACCAACGGCAUCGCAGACUUUAUUGAGUCCCUGACGUCCUUCCUGGGCUCUGGAUUCACAGUUUUCCGGUCCAGAAUUCUUGAAACCCUCCAGCAGCCCCUUACUAUGUGGCUGAAGGACGAGACACAUAAGCUAAAUGUUGAGAGUGGGGUGGAAAGCAGGGUUCUUACUGCUGGCCGAGCUCUUUCGUCAGCUGUCCUCAACAUAUUACAGGCGUCCUCACCUCAUGAUUCUCUGUGUCUGCAAAGAUUCGAGGGUAUCAUAUGCGCAGGUUUAGAGUCCUCGCAUGCGUCUGUGGCAAAGAAGUUCCUUGAAUUCUGCAAAUCUUCGUUCGUCGCGCAAUCUUCAUCCCCUUACUCAGAAGCCAUAUCUCGUGCCGUGCAGAGGUUGGAAACUCAGGCCGAUACCCACGAACGCCCUUCUGAUCCACAGGCCGGGAAAGACCGCCGUGCAGACAUGUCAGAAAAAUCCCGCAUAGCUUUCAUUUUGGACAAUUCAAGUGGUCCUUCUUCUACAGGUUUCAACUCGUCGCCUGUUACUAGAGCACCCGAAGUAUUGGAUGCACCGGAGGACCUCUCAAAGGAAGCCCAAGACGAGUCAUUGCCGGCCAAUGACGACACACCAGACGAGCCCAAUGGCGCGGAGGUUUCAAUUUCUUUCGAACCCGCCGUGGAGAACCCCCCGAAGCGCAGUGAACUGUUCUCGAUGAUUGAAAACCUCCGAUCAUCAUCGCCACCGACCAACACGCCGAGGGAGCUUGGUUUCAUGACUCCCCCGCAUCUGCGCAGUCUACGCAACCUGGAUCGGGAGGCUGAAACUCCACAGACGCCUACUUUACCUGCUAUUGCUGCGGACAAUGACGAGGGCUUUCUUGGCUCCUCGCCUACUCCUGGCACCAGAGACCGUCCUCAAACCAGCGGGUCGACACUCCGUUCCUCCUUGGUAGCUCCAGCAAUGGCCUCUGAUAUGGACAUCGAUCCUCCUUCGUCUCCACCAGAUAUCCGAUCCCAGAGCCCGAACUCCCGGAGCAAAUCCGCCCCUAUGGAAGGCUCGACUUCCCGGGACAGGUCUGCCAAAGCUAAAAGAAAGAAGCAGCGAAGGAAGGAAAGGAGGUCCAAGGCGUCUAGGGCAUCUUCUCCUGUUACGCAGCCUGAUCCUCCGGCAACGCCCAAGGAGCUCGGCGAAACAGAAGUUACCGCCCAACCAGAGAGGCCUCCUAGCAGUCGCACUCGUUCCUCUGCAGGCAAAGUGCUAGAAGAUACAACCGAGGAAUCAUCGGCGGGAAUACACCAAGACCCGGAACAGUCGACGCAAGCUCAAUCUACUUCUGAUGAUCAGGAUAUUGUCAUAGAAGAUGCUCCCAGUCAAGAAGCCCCAGAAAUUGAAGUCGGCGGUGACCAUGAUGAAACACGCACUGAGGAUCACGACAUCCCAGAUUCAUCCAGCGACGAUAUGGAAACACAGAUAGCGUCUCAACUAGAGCAAGACCUUGAGUUUGCAGUCGUUGACGAAGCUGACGAACAAUCAAACAAUCCCCCAGUCACACGCAAGAGAAAGCGCGAAGCGCGUGAAGCAACUUUCUCAACGCCAUCCAACCAGGAAAGACGCCGAUCAUCAAGGUUAUCUACUACUACAAAGGAGCACCCUGCCACAGAGGGUACAGAGCCUAAGAGCACCCGGUCCAAGAAGUCGAAGACGCCCAGCCAAAUCGAGAAGACCGCGUCGUCGCCAGCCGAGGGCGGUCCACUCAAGCGAAGACGCCACUCCAAGGGAUCCGUUGACAACGAAGAACCCAAGUUUGCGCUUCCCGAGCAGAACUCCUCCGUCGACGCAGAUCAGCCUGCGGAUUCAUUGGAAACUUCAUCCCAGAAGCGGAGGUCGAACCGCCUCAGCGGCCACGUAGCGCCGGCAUCAGUUGCGGAAACGCCGCUUCCGAAGAAAUCGUCUCGGCGCAAGCAAAGCACGAAGCAGAAGGAGGCCACGCCUACUGCUCCCCAAGCCGAAACCCCGGUUGUGAAGUCCAAGUCCAAAUCCAAGUCCAAGUCCAAGGGGAAGGAGAAGGAGAAACGCAAAACACCGGAAAGGGGAUCCGUCGACCGCGAGGACAGCGAAAUCCCCGAAUCCUCCGAAUCGCGGAUCAACACCAAACAAACCACCCAACAAGAAGUCGAAACCUCCCAACCGAGCGAACCCGCUUCUCCCCCAGCAGCGGCGCAACAACAAAACCAACCCUCACCCCAACCCCAAGACGACACUCAAACAACCGACGCUGUCGCCGCCGACCCACCACCCACCGAAAAGACCCCGAAGACCAAGGCCUCCGGACCAUCCAAGGCCAAACAGAAGCCGAAGUCAACGGACGCCGUCCCCGACACAAACAGUGCCCCCGCCUCGGGCGAGAUCAUCCCCGCGUUGCAGCAUAUCCUGGACAACGUCAAAGCAGCGGCGCUGGACAGGAGCGCGCUCAAGCAGAUCGACGACUUGUUGUUUGAUAUCCGGGUAGAGACGCACGAGGCAUUGAGGCGGCACACAGGUUGAUAUCUUUAGUUGCAUAGCGAAGGCGUUUUCUUAUAUUGUUUCUUGUGCUUUUGAAAAAUCGUUUUCUCUCAUUCACCCUUCCUUUUAAGCUUAUUUUCUUUUCUUAUUUCUAUUCUUGUCAUCCUGGUUCAUUUUGUUGAGUUGGGUUGUUUAUAAAAAAGCAAAUAAGGAAACGGUAUCUCUCUUGAACAGCCUUUUUCGUUUGCUUUUCUUUUUGUUUUUUUCUCAUUCAACCAAUACACGGUGGUCAGGAAACAACACAAAAAAAAGGAGGGGAUGGCAUUAUCUUUUUGUUUGGUAUCUGUGUAUGUAUAUGCUUACUCAUGGC